AUAUUAAUUUUUAUCAAAGGAAUGAAACGCUUUUUAAUAAUGAAAAUUAAGGAGUACUAGAAGUACUUGUCUUAAGAUUUACCAAUACUAGAUAGCAAUGGAGAUAAUACAGCAAUAAUAAAUUUUGAUUUCAAUGAGAAUUCAAAUGAAUUUUUAGAAAAUUAUGAUAAAAUUGAGUAGGAAUAUUAAUUAGGACACAAAAAUAAUGAUUUGGAAUUGAAAGAAACAAGUUUGUUAAAAUCUAAAUUUGGAUCUAAACUAAAUUUAUCCAAUCAAGAAAACAAAUUAAUGGAUGCGAUGAAACUCUCAGACAGUGAUAUUGAGGGUUUCCUAGAAAUAAUUUCUAAUAAUUCUACUUUUAAGGGAGAGUUAAUCUUUUCAGAUCACAGACUGACCAAUUAAACAAGCAUAAGAAUUGCAAAAAUAUUAGAAAAAAACUCACCAUUUAUUACAGGCAUCUCUCUUAAUGAUAUAGAAGGAUUCUCUUAUAUUUGUGGUUAAAAUAUUGGAGAAGCUAUCAAAAAAAACAAAACUCUCAGAAAGCUUCAUUUGCAUAAUGCAAAAUUAGGAACAAAAGGGGCAAAUCGUGUUAUUGAAGGUUUAAAAUCAAAUAAGUACAUUGAAGAUUAUGAUUUGGGCUAACUAACAAACGAAAGUUUAAGUUAUUUAGUAAAGUUUAUAAGCUAAGAGCACAUUGUAUAAAAUUUAAGCUUUUCAGAGGAUUUAGCAGAGCCCUGGAAGGAAAACACUAAGCAUGAGUUCUUAAGAGCAUUAAGAGAUAAUUCAUAUAAUAAAUAAUUACAAUCAAUAGAUAUAUACAGUGAAAGAUUGGAAGAGAAUUAGACUUUUAUUGCUGAAAUUGCAAUUUUGUGCUAGCAUAAUAGGAGAGCAAUGAUUACAUAAAAAAAUAAUGAAUACAAAAGCAAAGAAUUAAAUACUAGUCACUCUGAAUAUUAUGAUGGAGAUAAUCAUGCAAAGAAUGCAUUCUAGUUUUCAGUCAAGACAUAUAUGUCAAAUGUAAUUGAAACUUUGUUGGAUGAAGGAUUGUAUUAUUUAGAAAAAGAGAGAUCCAACAUUACCAGGGAUGAAAAAAUAUUUGAAAUAAACAAAUAGCAUGUAAAUAAGGAGAUUCUAGACGAUAUAUUUAAGGCAGAUGGAUCUCUUCUUGUACUAGCUAGGUAUAUGAUAAACAAAAUCGAAAAGAAUAAAGAAUUAUCAGGGGAGUGAGCUUAAAUUCAUUUCAUAAUAAUAUAUAAUUGAUCAUCAGAUAGAUAAAUAAAUAAAUAAUCUUUACAAAAUAUAAAAUAAUAUUUAUAAAACAAAAGUUGUCAAGAAAAUAGAUUAUUAAAUAAAUAAAUAAAGUUUUAUAUUUUUAUACAUAAUUUUAAAUUAAUUACUAAGUUAUUUAUUUGUUAACCAUUAAUUAAUUAAUUGAUUUAUUGAGUUUGUUUGAAUGGUUUGUUCUUAAUAUGUUUUGUUUAAAUUAAUUAUUUUACUAACUAAGUGAG